UCCAAAGCCGGUCGCAGGAUUCAGGCGUUUUCUUUGUCGCACAAGUGGCGUGGCUCGUUUAAGCCGGUAGUUGAGGCGCUGAGGGCAGCUCUAGUGGGAGUGUUCGAGGAUUCGUUUUGAGAUUAUGUGUUGUGUUCUGCCAACUCUUGACAUGUAAAACAAGCAAACAAAAAACUGGGAUCAAGUACAAUCUAUAGGUCAAAUUGGAAAGAAGAACAAAGUAUACCCAGUUGCUAUGAUGCUAUUCCGGUGCUGAACCCAGUUGAAGUUCGCUGCUAAAGAUGGCAGAUCCUGAUGUCCUCACCGAGGUUCCCGCAGCAUUGAAGAGGUUAGCCAAGUAUGUGAUCCGGGGGUUUUAUGGCAUUGAGCAUGCUUUGGCCUUGGACAUCUUGAUCCGGAACCCCUGUGUCAAAGAGGAGGAUAUGCUGGAGCUGCUCAAGUUUGAUCGGAAGCAACUUCGAUCAGUUUUGAAUAAUUUAAAGGGAGACAAGUUCAUCAAAUGCAGAAUGAGGGUAGAGACUGCUGCAGAUGGGAAAACCACUCGCCAUAACUACUACUUUAUUAAUUAUCGCACUCUUGUUAAUGUGGUAAAGUAUAAAUUGGACCACAUGAGACGGAGGAUUGAAACUGAUGAGAGAGAUUCCACCAACCGGGCUUCCUUCAAAUGUCCUGUCUGUAGUAGUACUUUUACAGACUUAGAAGCUAAUCAGCUCUUUGAUCCCAUGACAGGAACUUUCCGCUGUACUUUUUGCCAUACAGAGGUAGAAGAAGAUGAAUCAGCAAUGCCCAAAAAAGAUGCACGCACACUUUUGGCAAGAUUUAAUGAACAAAUUGAACCCAUUUAUGCUUUGCUUCGGGAAACAGAGGAUGUGAACUUGGCCUAUGAGAUACUUGAGCCAGAACCCACAGAAAUACCAGCUUUGAAACAAAGCAAGGACCGGGCAGCAACUACUGCAGGAGCUGCUGGCCUGCCAGGUGGGCACCACCGGGAAGCAUGGGCCACCAAAGGUCCCUCCUAUGAGGACCUAUACACUCAGAAUGUUGUCAUUAACAUGGAUGACCAAGAAGAUCAUCGAGCCUCACUGGAGGGGAAAUCUGCCAAAGAGAGACCCAUUUGGUUGAGAGAGAGCACUGUCCAAGGAGCAUAUAGUUCUGAAGAGAUGAAGGAAGGUGGUAUAGAUAUAGACGCAUUUCAGGAGCGUGAGGAGGGCCGUGCAGGGCCAGAUGAUAAUGAAGAGGUCAUGCGAGCACUACUCAUUCAUGAGAAGAAGACCCCCUCAGCCACAGCAGGCUCAGUGGGGGCAGCUGCUCCCGUGACCACUGCCAAUGGCAGUGACUCAGAAAGUGAGACCAGUGAGUCAGACGAUGACUCCCCACCUCGACCAGCAGCUGUGGCAGCGCAUCAUCGGGACGAGGAUGAGGAGGAGGAUGAUGAGUUUGAGGAAGUAGCAGAUGAUCCCAUUGUUAUGGUGGCUGGCCGUCCGUUCUCCUACAGUGAAGUGAGCCAGCGGCCAGAGCUGGUGGCCCAGAUGACACCAGAGGAGAAGGAAGCAUACAUAGCAAUGGGACAACGCAUGUUUGAGGACCUUUUUGAGUGAGCUUUCCCUACCUUUUCUUCCUUUCUCUAAUGCUCAUUUCAAAAAGAAAUUUCUUACCGUUGAAGGAAAGUGUUUAAGUGGUAUUCUGCCCUUCUCAAAGUAAAGCAGCUAAACAGUAAUGGGAGAGAAGGUUUGAUUUUUAUGCCAGAAGCUUCCCCACAGGGUGGUUGGCUAUCUAAGCAUUUCCUUCCCUGCUGUUAUUACAGUAUUAAUAUCUUACUGUAUUUCAUAUUUACCCUAAUCUUUUUCCUUUUUGAGACCCAUUUUUCUCCCUUCUGAAAUGAGUGCAGGAGAUCUGUGCAGUAAAUUCUUCCCGUCUCCCUGUAGAAGCCCACUAUGAUCACUAAUUCACUGAUCACAUCCUUUUAAAAAUCUGGUCUGACCAAGCAUUCUAAACAAGUCCCAGUAUUGCUGCCAAGCAGCUUGGCAACAGACAAAUUAUUGAUGAGAGACAAAAAAAUCUUAAAACUGCAUAUUGCCACAUGGUUGAGGAUUGGAGUCAAUAUGUGAGGGAGGAAGAGGGAUAGGUAUGCCUAAAUCUCUUGAUUAAUAUCUAAACCAAAAUUUAUGUCCUUCAAAUUGACUUGACAGAGUCUGUUGUUUUGCUUAAUGCCUUUUGGUUUAGAUGUUGGAUGGUAGAAAACAGAAAGUAUACUUGGUAAACGCUUAAGAAGAAAUUAGGAAAAAAACAUGGAUAUGGGAACAAGGAGUUCCUACAGGGUUGAAGAGUGGAGAGCAUUGGGAACAGUGCCUUUUAGAAUCGCCUGAGUUUGUGCUGAUUUGUAAAUCCUUUAUCGAAAGCUAAGACUGGUCCCUUUCCUUCUCCUGUCUUCUACAGUUCUAUAAAUUGUCUAAUGAGGCCAUCCCAGCAGAAAUCAGCAUAUAACAAUUGAUAACUUCUCUCUUUUCUCUCAACAUCAUUGAAGUCCUUCUUUGUCUCUCUUUUUGAUUCUUGUCAGACAUGAUGUUUUAGAGUGCAUCCAGUACAUUGUUGAACAUUGUAACCUCAAGGAACAUAGUUUAUUUUUGGUUCUGAUCUGUAGCAUGGUAUUAUCCCCUAAAGCAGAACUUUAAAAAUAAAGAACUUUCAUGCGAGGGGCUAUAGCAAUUGUAUUUUUUAUAAUAUUUUUUCCUUGCAUUGUCAUUUUUAAGUAUUUAUCAUUUUAUAGUACAUGUGUGAAGAUAGAUUUUAGAGUAUCUGGUCCUUGUAUGAAGGGAUGGUUGCAUUUACCUAGGCUGUAUUCAUGACUGAUUAUUGACAAUAAAUCUAUUUUAUACUGACUGAAAUUUGUUAAUUUCUAGGUCUGUAACAUCUUGGAGCAUAAUUAAAAUGAAUACUCUUCCCAUUAAA